AUGUUAUUACAAUCACGUAUCAAUAAACUAAAAAAGAUUCUAAAAGAUAUGAAAACCAAUGUACACGUUAAUCGCGGGAACCAUCUUUAUGUACGUCGCUAUCGUUAUGAUCCAAGACGUUUCGAUCGUUCUCAACCACGUAUUCAUAAAGGUGGUAGUCUUGGCGUAUGGUCGUGCUUAACAAAUUAUGGUUUAGGUGAUUUAGUAUUUUAUAAUAGUCGUCUUGAUUCAUCGGGAUACAUUAAUAUACUCGGUACACAUUUAAAAUUAGCAUAUAAUCUUUUUCCAAAACUUUAUCGUGAUCAAAAAAAUAUUUCAACAAGAUAA